CCUUGUCUUUCUCUCUCUCCCUGUCGGUCUGUCUGCCUGCCUGUCUCGCUCUCUCUCGCUCCAUAAAGUUAUCGACUUGCGAUCCAUUUCUCUCAAUUUCUUGAUACCCAAAAUCGUACACCCUCCUCCCCCUCCUUCAAGAACCUCAAAGAAUCGAUCCGUUCUUGCUCUUUCUCUCUCUCUCUCUCUCUCUCUCUGUGACCCGGAAGCUUGAUCUUUGUUUGGGUUUUUAUUUUUGUGUACUUUUUUAGGGUGUGAAUAGAAUAGGUGAGGAAAGAUGAUGAAGAUGACGAUGGAAGGGAUGAUGGACAGGGGGGUGCUGGAGGACAUCAUAAGGAGAUUGUUGGAAGGCAAAGGAGGGAAGCAAGUUCAGUUGUCGGAGGCCGAGAUCCGACAGCUGUGCAUCAACGCACGCCAAAUCUUCUUGUCCCAGCCCAUUCUCCUCCAGCUCCAUGCUCCAAUUCGCAUCUGUGGUGAUAUACACGGACAGUACCGAGAUUUGUUGAGGUUAUUUGAGUAUGGAGGCUAUCCUCCUGCCUCGAACUAUCUCUUCCUUGGAGACUAUGUUGAUCGUGGCAAACAGAGUUUGGAGACUAUAUGUUUGCUUCUAGCUUACAAAAUAUUGUACCCGGAUAAAAUCUUCCUCUUGCGGGGGAACCACGAGGAUGCAAAGAUUAAUCGAAUAUACGGGUUUUAUGAUGAGUGCAAGAGGAGGUUUAAUGUUAGACUCUGGAAAAUGUUCACCGAUUGCUUUAACUGUUUGCCCGUAGCCGCGCUCAUCGACGAGAAGAUACUUUGUAUGCAUGGGGGUCUCUCUCCGGAGUUGCAAAAUUUGGAUCAAAUAAAAGAAAUUCCGAGGCCUACUGAUAUUCCGGACUCUGGCCUCCUAUGUGAUCUGCUUUGGUCUGACCCUAAUCCUAGCACUCCGGGAUGGGCAGAUAGUGACCGUGGAGUCUCGUGUACAUUUGGGGCUGAUCGGGUUACUGACUUCUUAAACAAGAAUGACCUUGACCUUAUCUGCCGAGGACAUCAAGUGGUGGAGGACGGAUACGAGUUCUUUGCUAAGCGGAGGUUGGUGACGAUAUUUUCGGCUCCGAACUAUGGCGGGGAGUUUGACAAUGCCGGCGCUUUGCUGAGCGUGGAUGAGUCUUUAAUGUGCUCUUUUGAGAUACUGAAGCCACUUGACAACAAGGCAUCCUCAAGCAAAGUAAUUCUUAAGAAGCCGCCCCCGAAGUUCGGAAAGGUGUGAUAUGGAUUAUGAGGUUUUCUUCAAGUACUUCUUCAACUUCAAGCCCAAGAAAUAGCAACCUCAGUAUGACCUCGCAUGUAUUUACACUUAAGUAGAUUCCAUUGGCAAAGAGGAAGCCUUCUUGCUUCAGCAAUCGCCGUCUUUCGAGUACAUGGACGUGUGGCGGCGCUCAUUAUCCAUGUAAGUUCUUGUACAAUCUGUAUAUCAAUCAACACAUGCUAAUUGCCGUGCAAGUCCAGAGAUUUUUCUGGUUCGCUUCUUAGAUUUCUCCGUAAGGUAUUCUGUUUGGAAGCGCUAACUAAGAGUGCAUCGUGUCGAUCUUGGUCGAGCAUUUUCCCUUGUCUGUGGAAUGUCGGUUUGUAUUUCUUAGAGUCUGUAGAUUUGGCUCUUCAAAAGAGCUUUUGUAUCUAAACCAGUGGAUUCAUUCA